AUGGCCGAAUACAAAAGUGAAUCUUCACAGAACGAAGGUCGUAUUCUGGCAGUCGGCUUCAUGAAGAAUGAACUUCCAAAGUAUCAUCCAUACUAUGAAGAUCCACCAGUUCGUUAUGAUAAGCAGGAUGCGCACUACGUCAAUGUUCAACACACAGAAGUGCCAGAGAUGACGUCGCCUACGCCAGGUCCAGAGGCUAGCACGAAACCAGAAGAAAACGCCUUAUGCCAGAGGUAA